CUGAUGGCCUGCAGCUGCUCCGCCCCCUCCCCCUUCCCGGGGCUUAACUGGAAAGAAAAUCCUGACCGUGGCCCGGGUGUCAUUUUACGGGUGGAUUCCUGCCAGCGCUCGUCCCGAGGAAGGUUGAAAUUAAACCGGAUUGCUUCAGGUCUCCAAACAAUUUGUCAUGCUGGCUGGUGACAACCCAGGGGACAGUCACCCAGGGCAAGCGUGGGCAGGCUGGACGGGGUUGGACAGAUGCUCAGAGGCCGAAGGGCCUGAGUCGUCACCUGCCGACACAGUGUUGGGCAUGCUGGGGGCCGGGGUCAGAUUUGGGGGCCCCUGGGGGGGUUGGUUGGGGCCAUGCUCGUUCUCUCCAGCUCCCUGGAAGGAGGGUCGUGCCCACGUCCGUGGUCAUUGCAGGCACGGAGACGAAAGCCAGGGGUGUCUGGAGCCCGGCAGAGCCGGGUUUGAACCGGAACCCUCCAUCGCUGGGGGCCCUGGAGGUGGCGGUUUAAAGCUUUCUGAGCCUCGGUUUGCUUCUCUGCAAAACGGGGGUUCCAGGGAAUGGGCCAGCCUGGCUCCUGGCUUCGUUAAAGGGCAACUUGAAAAAAAGUAAAAAGAAAGACCUUGAGGACUGGCCCAAGGUCACUUGGCCAGGCGGUGGGGGCUGUGGGUGCCCUCCCCUGUCGCCGCGGUGACAGCAGCGAGGGUGACAGGGGGCCAAACCCGGCCAGCGAAAGUAGCGCAAUCCUAGAGCAUCCGGCGUCCCCGGGUUGCCGUGGCAACCGCUGAGCGCCCCGAGAGCCCCGGGGAGGGGGAGGAGCCUGGAGCCACGCCCCCAGAGACACGCCCCCCGCAGGCCUCUCCCCAUUGGCCAGCCCCCGGAGGCCCCGCCCCCCGAGCCGCUAUAAGGCAGGGGAGCCGGCGCGGGGCGGGGACGCGAGUGGGAAUCUGGGGUCCGCGGGGACACUUGGGCGCUGAGGCCGCGCGCGCCCGGCGGAGUGACCUUGGGCCCAGCCUGAACCCGCUGCGUGCCUCAGUUUCCCCGCCUGUCAAACGGACUGUGGGUGUAUUGGGAUUCCGCAGCUGCCACCUGCACCCCUGCAGGGGCUGCUUGUGCAGUUCUGUCUGGGGGACGGGCGGCUGGGACCUCCCGCACUUUGCAGAAGAGAAAACAGUCCAGAGAGGUGAAGGCACUUGCCUAAAGUCACACAGCAGGUCACGCAGGCAUGUCAGAAGACGAGGCGGCCGAGGCCCCCAGACCCAGCGUGUGGGAGCAGGACCAGCAGAGCGCGGUGCAGCGCGUGGCGGCCCUGCCGCUGGUCAGGGCCACGUGCGCCGCCGUCUCCGAUGCCUACGGGGCCGCCAAGGACAGCCACCCGCUGCUGGGCUCCGCGUGCCGCCUGGCCGAGCGCUGUGUGUGCGGCCUGACCGCCCGCGCCCUGGACCGCGCGCAGCCGCUGCUCAGCCACCUGCAGCCCCAGCUGGCCACCGUGAAUGACCUCGCCUGCAGGGGCCUCGACAAACUGGAGGAAAAGCUGCCUUUUCUCCAUGAGCCGUCGGAGACGGUGUUGACCUCGGCCAAGGACGCGGUGGCCAGCGGCGUGACGGGCGUGGCGGGCCUGGCCCGGCAGGGCCGCCGCUGGAGUGUGGAGCUGAAGCGCUCAGUGAGCCACGCGGUGGAUGUCGUGCUGGGCAAGUCGGAGGAGCUGGUGGCCCACUUCCUGCCCAUGACCGAGGACGAGCUGGCGGCGCUGGCGGCCGAGGCCGAGGGCCCUGAAGUGGGCUCGGUGGAAGAGCAGAGAAGACACCAGGGCUAUUUCGUGCGCCUGGGCUCCCUGUCGGCACGGCUCCGCCAGCUGGCCUAUGAGCACUCUCUGGGGAAACUGAGGCAGCGGAAGCACCACACCCAGGACACGCUGGCCCAGCUGCAGGAGACUCUGGAGCUGAUCGACUGCGUGCAGUGCGGGGCCACCCCCGCCGCCCCGGCCCGGCCCGGGAAGGUGCACGAGCUGUGGGAGGACUGGAGCCAGCGCCCCCCCGAGAACGGCCGCCUCCGCCGCCAAAGCCAGGCGGAGCUGGAGACGCUGGCGCUGUCGCGGAGCCUGAUGCGGGAGCUGCAGGGCGCGGUGGACGCCCUGGAGAGCAGCGUGCGCGGCCUGCCCGCCGGGGCGCAGGAGCGGGUGGCGGAGGUGCGGCGCAGCGCCCACGCCCUGCAGGCCGCCUUCGCCGACGCGCGCCGCUUCGGGGACGUGCCGGCCGCCGCGCUGGCCGAGGGCCGGGGCCGGGUGGCGCGCGCGCACGCCUGCGUGGACGAGCUGCUGGAGCUGGCGCUGCGCGCCGUGCCGCUGCCCUGGCUCGUGGGGCCCUUCGCGCCCGUCCUCGUGGAGCGGCCCGCGCCCCCGCCCGACCUGGAGGCGCUGGUGGACGAGGUCGUGGGGGGCCCCGACCCGCGCUGGGCGCACCUAGACUGGCCGGCGCAGCAGAGGGCCUGGCGCGCGCAGCACGGCGACCUCCCGGGGGACCUCCCGGGGGACAUCCCGGAGGAGGAGGCGGAGCCGCGCCGCCCCGAGCACACCCUGAUGCCCGAGCUGGACUUCUGAGCGCACCGGCCACCCUCCUGGCCUCCAGGUCCCUGCGGCCCCCUGGUGGCCGCACCCGGGCGCCAACACCAGCGCCUGGCCCUCGGCCCCGGCGGGGACUCGCGGUGUGGCCGAAUUCGGAACCCUGGACCGGGUCAUGAUAGCACGCACGCCCUCCCCGGCCUCCCCCUUGGACACGUGGGGACCUGAACCCCCAAGUCAGGUCCCCAAGCUGGGUGCAUCUGUCUGUGGCCCCCACCCCAAGAAGCGGAUCAACCCCCCCCAGAGAAGCACACAGUGUGUCCAGCUUUGAGAAGUGAGCGCCCCCCGCCCCCCGCCCCCAGCUCGUCCCUCUGGCCUGACGGGUCCCCACGGACGCCCGCCGCACCUGCUGGGCCUGCCAGACCCGCCCGCCUGGCCGCUCAGGGGUGGCUCUCCAGAAUAAACGGGCUGCGUGUCGUCCAAAGGCC